AUUUUCUUUGUUCGUAGGCAACUUUCGGUUUGUCGAAAAUGCAGCAACGUAAGGUGAGGCGGGGAGCAGCGCCAGACGGUGCUUGUGUUCUGUGUCGCGUCAAAAGCUGCGAUAAUUCGGACUUCGACAAUUACGUGUUGUCGAAUUCGGGAAGAACAAUGCCGGAAGGACUUUCAAAGUGGAAGCAUUUUGUCGACGGGAGCAAAGGCAAAGAAUUCGAGUCGACUGCGAGGAGUCUCAGCAAACGCUCGUUGGUGAUGUGUUCGCCGUGUUCCAGUCUCGUUGAUGAGAUCGAUAAUUCGGAACAACAGCUGGUGAAGCUGUUGGAGAUGCUGUGGUUGCGGCUCACUGCCCCGAUUCCGGAGGUCAAAAGUGAUUUAGUAUUUUCGGCUGCCUUGGAAGCGGGGAUUAUGAAUCAGAAGAAGUUUGAUGUGGUGUCUGAGGAAAUUUCCGACGAUAGAUUGCUGAACUUUGAAGAGACCAAAGAGGACCCUUUUCCCACGUUGUUCCCUGUGGAAAUAAAGAUAGAAUCGGAUGGCGCCGCGGAAGAAGCUUUCAUACCAGUCGCAGGCUCUUCUGGCGUCGAACCUGGACCAGAUUCCAUCCUUGGCAAAAGAAAGCCGAAGAAGUCAAAAAAAGCCAAAGAAAACGAUUCAAACGGCCCUGUUGAUUCGAAAGAAGAUAUUUCAGACGACGGAAGCAGCGAUGAAACUUUGUUCGGGAAUGAUGCUAAUUACCUUAGUAUGGAAGAGUUUUUGGAGGGGAACCUGGAGUUGCCCGAUCGAAGAGGGAAGAAAGCAAAAAGUUUGAAAGAAGGUGGACCGCCGUCUUUCGAUGAAUCAGGCGAGGACGGUGAAAAGAAGCCUCGAAAACGACAUACCUUCGAUCCGGAAAAGUUGAAGCAGAGAGGAAGACCGAAAAAAGAGCCGAGGGAGAAGUGGAAGUGCGAAGAGUGUGGCAUUCUGCAGUUCGAAACUCUGCGAGAGUUCCGGAAACACCAAAGAACUCAUUCAACGACUUUAUGUCCGAUCUGUGGUCUGUUAAUGAAAGACUCAUCGGCAAGUACAGUGCAGAAACACAUAAGUGUGGUCCACUUCGGCGAGAAGAGGUUCGAGUGCGAAAUUUGCCAUGAAAAGUUCGCAUAUGCGGAAAGCAUGUAUGCUCAUCAGGCGAGAGAGCACAAAUUCAAAGGAAUCUGGAAGAAAUCUGUACUCACCAAGUCUCACGAACGCUUUCUAAGAUCUCAGAUCCUAACUGCUGAAAGAGUGCAUCAGCCGUGCCAAAUUUGCGGCAAAGUGCUAACUUCGCGCUGUGGACUGCGCCAGCAUCUGCUACAAGUGCACGAUUACGUCCGGGAUCACUACACCGUCUACCCAUGUACCAUUUGUGACAAGAAAUUUAUCCUGAAGAGCAAGCUCAGAGAACACAUGAACGUUCACGAGGGCAUCCGACCCUUUGGCUGUCCUUUCUGCUCGUUGUCUUGCAGCAAAUUCGGCAAUAUGAAACAGCAUGCUUUGAAGGUGCACGGAAAAAUUGUGAAGCGGGCGAUUGACGAAAACGGAAAGAUCACUGAUAAUGUCAUUGAAGCUGAACCACUGUACGAGUCUUUGAUUCCAAUCGGGAAUAGCAAAGUUGAGAUGAUGUAACGUUUGUAUGUAUCUGAGGGAAAUGUUCAAUCUACUUCACGGGGAGGUCAGAAACUCAGAAAAGGUCAGUUUCCUGUUUUUAGUAUAUUUAUGACGGUUCUUCGAAUUUUGAUCAGGCUCUCUGUUUUGAAAAUGUCUUGUGUGUAUCUGUACUUUUGGUGAAUCAGCCUAGUUAAAUUGAAGCUUUACUUCUGAAUUGCAAGUAACUGUGAGGCGAUGAGUUUUUGGAUGUGGCUAACGAACUCAUGAACCGAAAUUUCUGUACCUCCCCAUCGUGAAUUGUCUCGUGUGCUUUUGUGAUCAAGUACAAGUCGGAUCCCUUUGGUUCCUGUGCAUGUUUCAAAUAGUUGUUUUAAGGUACGUGUUUUCAUGUGGGAACUUAUUUUUGGACAAUUGAACGUAUGUUCAAGAUUCAAGUGUUUUUGGAUUGUGUGAGCAAAGCAAAAAAUACUCGUGGUCUCAAAAAGUCUUGACGCGAACAAAAUGUGCGUGGGUGUAUCAGAAAGUUUGUUCAUUUGAAGUGUAUGACUUCUUUUGCUGCCUUGUUAUUCAGUGGAACAACUUGAGACAGAAGUGGAAGAUUUUCUUCGGAACAUUGUUCCAGCUGCUCUUAUUUUGGAAAGAGAAAGUGUUCAAAAUUUUGGACUUCCCAGUUUCACUAAGCGCGUGGAAAUGAUCGCAUUUCUUUUCCGGAUUCUUGGCAGGUGGUGAUCCUGGGAGGCUGUUUUUACGUUUAUGGUUUUCGUGGAAGAGAAAAAAAUAACUUGAAAAUUGUC